AUGCAAAAGCCGCUUCAUGUGGCUCCGAAACGACUGCAAACCACGUUGGUAAAGCUACAAGGCUAUGACCUAGAGUUGAAAUACCAACCUGGCCCUACUCUGUACCUGGCAGAUACGUUGAGUAGAGCAUACGUUCCAGGAGAUCCUAAACUGGAUAGCUUCAAGAAGUACCUGAAUAAUGUCAAUGUGCUGAGUUACCUGCCAGUUUCAGAAAGUAAACUCGAACAGAUCCCUGCUGCUACUGAACGCGACUUGAGUGUACUUAAGUCUAUUGUUUUUGAGGGAUGGCCCAAGAAUAAAGAUACUGUGCCGGGAGAUAUCAAGCACUAUUUUAGUCUAAGAGACCAUUUUUCGGUGCACAACAGAAUAAUCUUGAAGGGUGACCGCGUGGUAAUUCUCAACUCGCUGAAAAGGGAAAUGAUGGACCAACUACACAGCUCGCAUGUUGGCAUUGAAUGCUGCCUAAGGCGGGCUAGAGAGUGCCUGUAUUGGCCAGCAAUAAAUUCUAAAAUUCGCGAUUUCAUUGCUGCAUGUGAAAUCUGCAACUCAAUGCCCAGGAAGCAGCAGAAGGAGACGUUAGUGCCACAUGAUGUGCCUGAGCAGCCAUGGGCUACGGUGAGAACAGAUCUGUGCUACAUCGAUGGGUUGAAUUACCUCGUCACCGCAGAUUACCACUCAAACUUUAUUGAGAUAGAUUAUCUGGAGGAUACCAGAGCAGAAACGGUUGUCACGAAACUAAAGGCACAGUUUUCAUGCCACGAGAUACCGGAUUCUGUCGUGAGCGACAAUGGCCCACAGUUUGCGUGUGAUGUGUUUGCGAACUUUAGCAGGAAGUGGGGCUUUGAGCAUAACACCUCAUCUCCUCGGUAUCCGCAGAGUAACGGUAAAGUAGAAAAUGCGGUGAAAACUAAGUCUAGUUAA